AUGAUAUUCGCGGCGCGGCAGAUACAGGAGAAAUGCCGAGAGAAACAACAACCGUUCUAUGAGUUGUUCGUCGACCUGACAAAGGCGUUCGACACGGUCUCGAGGAGCUUAUGGUUGCUCCUACGCAAGUACGGCUGCCCAACUGGUUUCAUCGAACUAGUACGUCAACUGCACGACGGCAUGGAAGCGCGGAUAAUUAGUGGUUCGGACACAUCUGAGCCGUUCUCGGUCUCCCACGGAGUCAAACAAGGCUGUGUUAUUACACUGACUCUAUUCGCGCAUAGCGAAGCCGAUUUUCAGCAGAGUCUGGACCAACUGCACACGGCCUGUCAGCGCUUCGGCCUCAAGAUUAGUGUUAAGAAGACGGUGGCCAUGUUCCAGCCCGCACCGGUUGGCCUUAACGACACAAUCGACGGUCAACUGUUACAAGUGGUCGACAAAUUCGCAUAUUUGGGCAGCUGCAUCAGCAGCGAUGGUACUAUGGACGCCGAGAUCGACUGUCAAAAUCAAGGUGUAACAGGCUAUGGUUCUGUCGACACUUCUGUAUGGAUAAAGCGCUUGAUCGGGCGUCGUGGCGUCUCUCAUUAUAUCAAGGCGCCCGACGCCUCGACGAACUUAGAGCAGAGCGGCGGAAAGCCCAGAGAACAAGGGCUAAAACGAUGGCUCAACUACCACCUAGCGGGCCAACCCACGCGAGGGCGGAGAGUCAGUGAGAAGCUCGACACUGCAACCCUCGAACCCGAGGCGCAGCGACGAUGA